AUGGAUCCUGAAGAUUAUAGUGACCAUAACUUUAAGGCGUGCGGCGGGUGGGGGACCCUGGUGAACCCCACGGGGCUUGCACUGUGCCCCAAGACCGGACGGGUGGUGGUCGUGCACGACGGUAAGAGGCGGGUCAAGAUCUUUGACUCCGGAGGAGGAGGUGCACACCAGUUUGGAGAGAAGGGAGACGCAGCGCAUGACGUGAAGUACCCACUGGAUGUCGCCGUCACCAACGACUGCCACGUGGUUGUCACCGACGCUGGCGACCGCUCCCUCAAAGUGUUUGAUUUCUUCGGCCAAAUCAAGCUGGUUGUGGGAAAACAGUUUUCCCUGCCUUGGGGUGUGGAGAUCACCCCUCAGAAUCUGGCCCUGGUGACCGACGCAGAGGCAGGGACCUUGCACCUGCUGGAAGUAGAUUUCCCCGAAGGGGUCCUUCGGAGGAUCGAGAGGUUGCAAGCUCAGCUUUGCAAUCCCCGUGGGGUGGCUGUGUCUUGGCUCACCGGGGCCAUCGCGAUCCUAGAACACCCCUGGCCCUUGGGGACAGCAGGUGACAACACAAGGGUGAAGGUGUUCAACUCCACCAUGCAGCUGAUUGGCCAGGUGGAUAGCUUCGGGCUGAACCUCCUCUUUCCUUCUAAAAUAACUAUCUCAGCUGUAGCCUUCGAUCACCAGGGAAAUGUGAUUGUAGCAGACACCUCUGGGCCAGCCAUCAUUUGCUUGGGGAAACCCGAGGAGUUUCCAGCCCUGAAGCCCAUGGUCACUCAUGGUCUUUCUCGUCCUGUGGCCCUGGUCUUCACCAAGGAGAAUUCUCUUCUUGUGCUGGACACUGCAUCCCACACUAUAAAAAUCUUUAAAGUGAUGGAGGGUAACGGAGGGUGAUGGGAUCUGAGGCCUGGUGUCAUCAGGAGUGAAUUGCACCCUGGAUGAGUCACCAUCACUCAUUCGCCCAGGCAGGAAUAAUGGUAACUGCUUGACAGAAGUGUUGGGUGUGAGGCAGUUAUAAAGGACUACUCAUUAGACUUGUCAUUUAGUGGAUGCCUAGUCCCAAUGUUAAGGAAUUUGCAGAUCUUAGUUCAUUUGCCCCUUAACACACAGCGAUGUGAUUUCUAUUAUUAGUCCCAUUUUAGAGACGAGAAAGCAGAUCCAGAGAAUUUAAUAUGAUAUUUUUUCGAGGCAUAUUUACUGGGACAGUCACAAUUAAACUCAAUUCUGACUCCAAAUCCCUUGCUCUUAAAUAUGAUGCCAGAUGUUUUUUUUUUUUAAAAAAAAGUGAGCAUGUCUUAGAUAUGCUCUCCCUACAAGUAACUCAAUAACUGGUUGUGUGCACGAAGAAAGGGGUCUCCAUGGAGUUCUCAGGAGAAAAAGGAUUCUGUGUGGGUGUCAUCUGGGAGCCCUCCCCAAUGGCAGAGUAGAUGGAUCGUUACCAAUACCAAGAAACACAGUUGAGCUCUUUCCUUAUAAGGCAAAGGUUGCUUGGUUGGUAGUGUAUGCCAAUAAUCUCAGCACUCUGGAAGGUCUGGAGUUCGAUCCUAUCUACAGCUACCUAGUUUGAAGCUUGUGCUACAUGACAAUGUUUUUUGUUUGCUUGUUUUGUUUUGUAAAUUGGUGUCAGCGUUUCCUCCUCCACAGGCACAGGGGGACAUCCCUGAGUGAUGGUCUGAGCAAAACCUGUAGAGCCACUGUCUGCUAGUGGCAUGGACAGAUGAGACUUCUGUUAGGAGAUGUCGCCCCGACAUAUUCGUGGCAGGAAUGAAUUUGUUUACUGUGUGGUAAUCUGUGCCGCCUAAUGUGCUUUGUGAUGAAAGUUUUCUCUGUGCACUUUGAAAUGGGAGUCAAACACUGUCUAGUCAAUAAACAGUUAGUUCCCUUGUCAUUUUAGAGCUCUGUAAACAUGUCUUGCACUGAAGCAUAACCUUGGCCCACAUAAGGGCUCCUUAAUGCUGCAAUUAAGGAAAGGAAU